AUGGUUCGGGUGUUUCGGAGGCCUGCCUCGGCUCUGGAAAGGCACGCUCCGGGUAGGGUGGCCAAGAGAGCAGCUCGAAAGCAUAGGGUGAUCUUGGAAUCUGUUACUCGAGAGAAGAAAAAACUUCGGAGUGUCAUAUCAUUUGAAGCAAAGGCGCCUCCGGGCUAUACAUUCAUUCCUGCAGGUAAUCCUCAGCUCACCAGUGCCUGUAAGGAAUUAUGUCGCAAGGAUGGCCAGAAGGUCUAUGCUGUCACGACAACCCCUCAUAUGCACACCCAUAAUCUCUCUCAACACGUGCACCGCAUCGGAUACCAUUUCCCAAGUGCUGUUGUCGCAACGGUGUGUAUGGAUUUGGGUCUACAUCUGACAGCAGCAGGAAAUGUUAUGCCUGCUCACAUUAAUGCUACUGCAAGCAAGCUCAAGCGUGCUAACUCGGAGGUCUCGCAAAUCACCAUCAAUACCGAGGCUAGGGAUGUGCUGAGAGAUCUUUUCCCAAACAUACCAGAUAAUGACCUCAACCAGAUUAUCAAAACGGCUUUUCAAAAGGGUCAGCGCAAAGUCGGUACGGCUGCUGAACUACCUCUAGCUCGUCGAGCACAAUUAGCAGUCGUCGCCCACAUCAGACAUAUCUACACUGAUUAUGAUCGUCUUUUGAAAACGACAUCAUUUCAUGAAGCGAGGAGUCUGGUUGAGGAACCCACUUUGGCCAAAUUAGUCGAGUGGCGAGGAGACGAUGAAAAUGGAAAAACUGUCCUCGAAGACAUUUUCCGCGAGGUCAUUGUGAUAUCUGAUGACGAUGAUGAUGAUGACAGUGACACUGAGGAAGGGGGACCCCUCCACUCAACCAACCGAGAUCGCAGUGUGGAGGUUAUCUCUAGCCAUCCCCGAGUAGAAGAGCUACAGGCCAGGCCGGUCAACUAUGCUCACUCUAGAAUGCGUGAGGCCCAGUUGGAUAUUUCAGACGACGAAGCUCCCCCUGGUUUUCGUUUCAUCCCAGAGGUUCCCAAGAAGAGCAGGGUCGACCGCCGUGGAUUUAGCAGAUAUCACGCUUGGGACCGUGCCAUCAACCGAUACAGGAAUGGAGCAGGCCAGCGCAGGCUUUACAAUGAUUUUACUGGACAGCGGGAGUCGUCGUUCGCUGUACCACAGCCCGCACAGGAAAGUAUCAGAGCAAAUCCGCCCGAUCGUGUUCUGCCUUCUAUUGAAACCCCUCCUUCACCCGAGGAUACAAGGCGUCCAAUCGAUGGUCAUUUAGAUCAAUUUACCAGAAGGAUGACGGGGGGAUUUACUCCCGGCUCAGUAACCCCUUACCAUUUAGCACCACAGGAUUCCCUCCAUCAGGAAAUCGUCGACAAUGCACAGGGUCCUGCCACAAAAAGAAGGCGCGUGGCUGUUUACCAGCCUGCGUAUGAGCCUGUUGAUCAUGUCGUAUCUCGCUCUGCUGUUGCUUCCGCUGUUUUUGAAGAUCCUCAGGCAAGACAGCAGUAUGUUUCUCUGGGAUACGCUCCAUCAGGAUUAAUGAGUUCGCCCAAUGAGCAUUCAGUCCGUAGGAGAUAUAUGGUUCCGGUUAAAUCUUCUCACCCUGCAGACCACUAUCCCGAGAAGAUGUCUAGCGCCUCCGACUAUACCACAGGUUUUCAGCCGAUUCCGGAAGCCUCGGGAAGCCAGAGGCGGUAUGCUAACUUUGAAGGCAACUUAUCGUCUCGCGGGCAUAACCUUAUGCAUCACUUUGAGUAUUCCCCUCGCCACAGAUCUCCUGAGCCUCAUGCUCUGUCAGGCCCUUUCUAUGCUACCCCAGCAAAUGAAAAGCCUGGUAACGCAACACCUUUCCAUCAUCCAGCUUCGAGGAUUGAAGCUACCUAUGAUGGUAACCGAAUAUACCAGGGAGGUGCAGAGCAAAUGCCACAGGUGUCCAACCCGCAACCUAUAUUGAGACGGAACCAACUUUAUCAACACAACACUGGCGCACCCAGAAUUCUCAAGAGAAGCAUAUAUGCAGACGAUUUCAUCCGCCCUGUUGAUUUGAAUGAUGACGUGCGGGUAGCCAACCAUCCUCGACGGGCACAUUUCCAAACUAGCCAACCUCCGGAGUCUGGUUCUAGGAUGACAAGUGCUCUGUAUCAAUAUCCUUCCGAGAGGGAAAGUGGAGACGUGUCCAUGGACAUGCUACCGGGCUCACAUACAGGGCAAUUCGUUUCUCGUGCCAGGAUAAACCACGUCGCCGAUGACCAUGUCCUCAUGAAUGAUGAGACGAGCUAUUACAACCGAAGCGAUGUACAUAACUCUACUGCAGCAGUCGGCCAGCGUGAUAGACGUGGUGAACCACAACUGCAACCUUUACGGUAUGAUCCUACCAGGGGAAUCACCGAAUGGGGAUUCCUGCCUUCACCCAGAAAAUUUCCCAUCUAUCACUUUGAAUUCUUGUUGACCCGUCCUCUGUGA